AAACGUGCGUGCUGUUGGACGCUUUCACUCAAAAGUGCGGAAAGAACUCGAAAAACCCCUUCAAAUUUCAGCUUGUGAGCAUCGAAGUAUCAAAUGUGUGUAAUUUGACUUGGCAAGUUUGCCCAAAAAUUUCGUGAUGCCGCCCAACGUAAGCCAAGUGAUGUGCCGCGUAUGUGCACAAUCCAGUCCAUCCGAGGAUUAUGUACAGCUGUUCCAAGAAGAUUUGGCCAAAAAACUGCGACAAUGCGCUUCGGUUCGGAUAUCGGAACGUGACGGUCUUCCGGCGUACGUGUGCACCCGAUGCUACUACGAUAUAGAGGUGGCCUUUGCUUUGCGGAAACGGUGCGAAGCCACUGACGAAAAACUACGGAGACAGGACGAGGAAGACAGCGAUGAAGCGACCGAAGAAGAUCCGUUUGCAUUCGAGCACAUCGCUUGCGAUUCGACAGGGUAUAUUGAACCCGAAAGUGUUGGCGAAUCGCCUAAAAAAUCGUCCCCAUCCCGGAAAGAAGCGGAAGUUGAACCGGAAACAGUCGUAAGGCCGAAGACUCAAAAAGAGAGAAAAAAGGAACUGCUUGAAAGAGUCAAACGCCAAGGUUUGCUAAAGGUGCCGACAGAUUCCAAAUUCAUGAGCACCAAAAAUGAGAUUUCUCGAGAAACGUUCUACAAUAAUGAAGACUUCCGAGAAAAAGUACUUAUUCCUGUUCUGGACAAAGGUCUGAUUCCAAAAACUCAGGAUCUACAAUAUUUGACAAGGGUCGCAUGUCAGUACAUGGAGAGACGGAUUUUGAAACAUUAUAUCUACCCUUCGACUGAUGAAGUAGAAAUGGCCGCCAAAAAGAUUCUGUCGAUCUUUCCGCACCUGAGCGAGACUCGCGUUUCACCCGAAGCCCCUCCGGAAUCUCGUUUCUUCUGGCGUAACACCGGUGUGAAGGGAGGGCCACACUCCGGCACCGUAUACCAUCGGGUGCGGGGCUUGCUGAAGAGUCUUCCCCCGAGCGCGAGGAAGUUCAGUGUACCGCCCGAGAAAAGACAUAGGAAUACAGGAAAACGUAGAAAACCGACGAUGAAACAGGAACAGGAAGGUCACGAAAUGGAAAUGAAUACUUCAGAACAGAACAGCGAUGGCUAGGCCAGAUCCGUAUAAUAUGUCAUACUUAUAUGGAGAAUAAAAAGUAAGACAGGUUAAAUAAAAUAAAAGCGUUUGUUUUCUGAUUGAUUGA